GGUUUCCUCUUUCCAGCUGGUUCCAUAACACAUGAUUACUACUCACACUGACUGACAGCUUCUGCUGGCUCAAGUGAGAUACAAAAACACAAAUUAUUUCUCCCAAUUAUCUACUUGAAUGGAGAAGUGCCAGGGACGGUGUAAAUAUGUAUCAACAUAUUACAAUGAAUAUAUGUGACUACUACAGUGUGCAAUUGUGCAGAUGAGAAACAUAAUAGUUUUUCUUUUAACAGAGCCAACUGUAGCAAUCCCUAAUAAUCUGUAGACUUGCCUUGAUAAAUUGUGAGAGCUGAGCAGUGUGUACUAAUAUGCUAGAUGUUACAGCUCUUCCAAGUGUGAUCAGAUGAUGGCUAGCCUCGUAUGUAUAGCCAAACCUGCCAUGUCAUUGGGCAGGCUACCUUGACCACAGCAGAUGCAAGAGCUCAGGAGAGGCAUGAGACUCAGUGGAAGGCCUCUGUGUCUGCUUUAGGGCUUCGGACUACUCUUGUAGUCACCGUUGGGUGCACCACAAUACCUGCAACAAGGUGGCAAUUCAGACCCUGGGGAUAUACUAUGCUACAGUCACCUUCUGCCCCAAAAAUGACCCUUAUAGCCACCAAUGCUCCUAACAGCCUGAUGGCUUCACUCAGCCUUAGAUCCAACAAAGAAGAGGUAUAGAGAAUAUCACAUUACUUUACUCUUGAGGUGGCUGCAGUAUGGUCUGUGAAUAUUGUAGCUGCUUACACUGAUUUGUGUACUUUCCCCAGGAGGUGAAUGCAUGCUAACAGCAUAAUAAAAUAGCAUUUGAGAUUUGACACAUCAAAUAUAUAAACUGGUUAAGGUAGCCUACUGUUACUCCAUAAGAAAAAGAUCUACGUGUCACAAGUAACUUGAAAAAGAAAAGACGCGCUCACCCAUUGUAUAGUUUGUCUCCUAUGUGUAAUUUUGAAGGGGGUGUGGAGAGGUGGUUGUUGACUGGAUAAACAGUUGGGCUCUGUGAGACCAACUGGGGUUGCUGUGUAGGAGUGAGUUUAGGAUGGUGAGUGCUACCAUGUUUAAUUAGUUAUCUUUACACCUCACUGUUCACUAGCAUCAUAUUGCUUGCUUUUUAAUGGUAUAGCUAUCUAAAAUCGUCUUUAAGGAUUAAAGCAAAUGUAGUCUGUUAAUUUGGCUUGUCAUCCACUGCUUUUUACUAGAUAUGUAGGGCUACCUUUCCUUGAAUGUCUAACCCACUGGUCAUCUAUUUCUUCAUUACUUUUUGUUUGUCUUGUGCUUUGAGGUCUCACUGGUGCCACAUGGCUCUUCUUGUUAUCUUGUCCAUGUUGACCUGGUGUUGCAGUACUCUGUUAAAUACUACACAAGCAUCUUAAUGAUAAUAACACCUCACACUUAUGCUUUUAGACUCAUCUCCAUAAUGAGUAAAGUAAUUACUGGAUUUGUAUCACGGUUUCAGUGUUUAGGUCAAAAACUGAUUUUAAACCCAUCUCAACUUGAUUCAUCAAUCUGUUUGACAUCUUUUCUGUUCCAUGAUGUUAUCAAUGACAUUAUCAUUCUUCGAUCCAGUUUUGAUGAUGUCAUGACAUUAAUCAACUCUGGUGUUAAUCUUUCUAGCACCGGCGUGUGAUGCAAAUGAUAAAUUAGAAGAAGAGUAGAAGCUGUGAUGAAAUGUGUUUCUUAUUCAUAUGCAAAAAUGGAAACAACUUAUCAGACAAUUUGCGCACUAUCAAUAAAUGUGUACACUAAUUGUGAAUCAAUACUACAGAGUUCUUUGAAUGAGAACCUCACUGUAAACUGUUGGUUGGACUCCUCAAACUGAAAUUCCCUGGUGGUGGAGUAAAUAUAUACUUGUGAAACAUUGCACCCAUUGGGCCAGUGUUCUCUGGGUGGGGUGGGACACCAGUGGACUAGAUGGAGUGGAAUCAUGCAGGGCAAGAAGGUAUGUUAAAUAUUUCAGUGUAGUUAAGUGUUCAAAGUUCAAAGGUUUUAAGGAAGUUUGCCAAUUGUCAGAAAAUGAGGAUUUUGCUUGUGCAGGAGCAUGAAAAGAAAAAAAAGAAAUGAGGUAACUAUUGAUAUCAGUACAGAGGAUAUCAGAUGUACAUUUCCAAUACAAUGUGUGUCAUUACAUUAGCAUGAGCCAGUUUCUUUGGGAUUUUUAUAUGAACGUUACAAGGAGGUUGUAACUGAAUUUGUGAUAUAAUUCAGUUAAGCGUUUGUUCCACAGUUUAUUAUAAUAUGCCAUUACAGAUUUCCGACUAUGUUACAGUAGUAAUUUAAUGUUCUUUAUUAAAUAAUUGUGUUGCCUUCAGCUCUCUGGCAACCUCCUUGAUGUGUACCAUACUCCUGGAAUGGCAUUCCCUACCAUGACUGUCAGCAAUUCCUGUCCUGCUAACAUUAAAAGGGAAAUACAUGAUGCUGAUGCUAGAGCUCUAAUGAAGGACAGGCAGAAGAAAGACAAUCAUAACCUCAUUGAGAGAAGGCGAAGGUUUAACAUCAAUGACCGCAUAAAGGAGCUGGGGGAUCUAAUACCCAGGUCAAAUGACCCUGAGAUGCGCUGGAAUAAGGGAACCAUCCUGAAGGCGUCUGUGGAUUACAUUAGGAAGAUGCAGAAGGAGCAACAGAGGACAAAGGAUAUAGAGAGGUGUCAGAAGAAAAUGGAGAAUGCUAACCACAGUCUAAUGCUACGUAUACAGGAACUUGAAAUGCAAGCUCGGCUCCAUGGUCUCUCAACCGUAGAGUGUUCUGGCCUGAGCUCAAAAUCUGCUUUUCAGCAGCAGCAUCCACAGCAGCUACAUCCUCAUAGAGGCCAGCCUCUGGUGCCAAGUCCUGGAGAGGCCUGCUCUCAAACCCUCCUCAGCCUUGGAGUAGCAGUCAUGGGACAAACUGUUUCCUUUCUCUCUCCACCAUCUUCUGACUCACCUGUGGAUUUGACUGUCAGCAAUUCACUUGACUUGGGGAGUCUGAGCUUUUCUGAAUUGGAUGACCCCUCCUCGUCAGUACUGUUCCCUGAUGUGGGCCUAGGGGACAUCCUCAUGGAAGACAGUUGUGCCCUGAACCCGGAGAUGCUGGCAGAUAACCUGCUAUCACCUUUGUCACAUUGUGUCUCUAAAAACAGUAAUUGCAGGAACCGCUUAAAUAUGGAUGAAGACUUGUGACAGGGUUUUGCUUGGGUUAUUACAAAAAAAACAAGAGAAGAAGUUGCAUCUGCUAGACUUCCCAAUGAAAUCAACAUCUACCAUUAAAUAACAAUUGAAGCCAUGUCCUGGAAAUGUAUAUACAGAUUUGGCCUUGAAUUAGUGAUUGGCCAACUGUUUUACUCAGCCAUAUUUUCUUUAUUUUUCUUUAAUAUGUAGGCCUAAUAUAGUAUGCCUUAUUGACAUACAGAAUACAUUUGCAGCAUUGCUUUACCUUCUCAAUUGUGAUGUCAACAGGAAAUUCACAAAGGGAGUUUAAUUUAACUUUCAACUUGGUCGUGAUAUGCAUGACUAAUUUCAUUGUUUUGUCUAAAUGCAAAAUACCAAAGGUAUAUUUAUAAUGCCACAUUUUGAUAAGAAAAUCUGUAUUGACAACUUAAUUCGGUUUUAUUGAGCCUUUUUACCAACUGUGCAUGUUUAAUAUGCUCAACUGACCCCCAGACCUUCAAAUGGUCAUUAUUCAAAUAAAUCAAAAAAGUGCUAUUUUGAGCGGCUUAAUCUGUCGAAAAAAGCCGGAUGAUAUUUUUUUUCUGAUGUGA